AUGGUCGUUUACAUCACUCUCAUAUUAUUUUUGGGAUUAAGUUGGCUAUUAGGUCCAGUUACAGCUGUGAAUAAUGCCAAUAUUUACGAACCCCUAAUAGAUCUUGUGGCUAAACAUCUUAAUGGCAGUCAUUUGGAAUUCGAUAAUUGGACUAGGGAAAUGAGUUCGUCUUUGAGUGAUGAACAACUAGAGCGAGUGUCUUGGAAUAUUCCCUGGUGGCAUUUUCUAGAGGAAGGAAGAUCAUCAGUGGAGCUCCAAAAGCUACUCACUCCUGGAAAUUCCUUCAUGGUAAAACUUUGGAUGAGCUUAUAUUGGUACCUCAGGCGGUCUUAUCUUCUCAAUGAGAUUCUUCUCUCGAAUUUUGCCCUGGACUUGUGGAAACUCCACGGAAACCAACCAGAAAUGUGGAACAAUAAACUUCAAAAUAUGUGGCAGAGUUUGCCGCGAUCUUUGAGACUUUUGCUGAAAAGUCGUCAUUUGUGCCUGCAACACAAAAGGGAAAUGCUGUAUGUUUCGGCUGAAAAUCAUCUGGAAUUAGGUGCCAAUAGUAACUGUAGCAUUUGGGAGUCUGAGCAGGGAAUGAAGGAAGAGCACUGGCUGAGACUUGUUAAUAUCUGUGAUAAGAAGAGCCUUUUCUUCAUUAGCCUGUUGUCGCAGGGGGAUUCCCAUGUCCUGCUCACUGGUCCUGACAAUUUGGCAAGACAUUUUUGUGUCUUUAAAGGUUUGGGUUACUUUGAAGAUGCCGCAAAUUCUGUUAUAAUGAAAAGUGAUUGCCUUUGGCAACUCAAUGAUUGCAGAUUUCUGCCAAUGGUACUAUCAGUUAAAAAUAAAAACUAG